AUGAACAACAUCACUUUCAAUCACCAUUCCUCCUUCCAAUUCCACCAGAUAGACAACAUCACUUUCAAUCACCAUUCCUCCUUCCAAUUCCACCAGAUGAACAAACAUCACUUUCAAUCACCAUUCCUCCUUCCAAUUCCACCAGAUAGACAACAUCACUUUCAAUCACCAUUCCUCCUUCCAAUUCCACCAGAUAGACAACAUCACUUUCAAUCACCAUUCCUCCUUCCAAUUCCACCAGAUAGACAACAUCACUUUCAAUCACCAUUCCUCCUUCCAAUUCCACCAGAUAGAAAACACAACAUCACUUUCAAUCACCAUUCCUCCUUCCAAUUCCACCAGAUAGACAACAUCACUUUCAAUCACCAUUCCUCCUUCCAAUUCCACCAGAUAGACAACAUCACUUUCAAUCACCAUUCCUCCUUCAAUUCACCAUUCCUUUCCUCCUUCUUCCAAUUCCACCAGAUAGACAACAUCACUUUCAAUCACCAUUCCUCCUUCCUAAUUCCACCAGAUAGACAACAUCACUUUCAAUCACCAUUCCUCCUUCCAAUUCCACCAGAUAGACAACCUUUCAAUCACCAUUCCUCCUUCCAAUUCCACCAGAUAGACAACAUCACUUUCAAUCACCAUUCCUCCUUCCAAUUCCACCAGAUAGAUACAUCACUUUCAAUCACCAUUCCUCCUUCAAUUCCACCAGAUAGACAACAUCCUUUCAAUCACCAUUUCCUUCCAAUUCCACCAGAUAGACAACAUCACUUUCAAUCACCAUUCCUCCUUCCAAUUCCACCAGAUAGACAACAUCACUUUCAAUCACCAUUCCUCCUUCCAAUUCCACCAGAUAGACAACAUCACUUUCAAUCACCAUUCCUCCUUCCAAUUCCACCAGAUAGACAACAUCACUUUCAAUCACCAUUCCUCCUUCAAUUCCACCAGAUAGACAACAUCACUUUCAAUCACCAUUCCUCCUUCCAAUUCCACCAAACAUCACUUUCAAUCACCAUUCCUCCUUCCAAUUCCACCAGAUAG